AUGUCAGACGCUGACGGGCAAAUUUUGUCUUUUCCCCUCCAUCGGUGUCCAAUCAAUAAACCCCCUUCCUCCUUCUUACUUGUCUACCUUCUGGUUAUCUCUUUAUCCAUCGUCAAUUUCCUUUAUGUCACUCUUUCCGCUGGCUCUCUUGCUAACUUCUGGCCUUAUUCGCACGUCCCUACUAACUCCCUAGCCGCGCGUUUCUUGCGCUUGAAGUUAUCAAUCACCCCGCCGGAAAAAAUCUUGAAUAAUUUUUUUUUUGGAUUUUAUUUUUCCGGCGGCUACUAUCAACCUUUGAGGGUUUUGUUGUGGACAAGGGCAGAAAAAAAGGAAAAGAGGGAAAAAAAAAAAAAAAAAAAAAAAAAAAAAGAGAAUCCAAUGGUCUCUAUGGUUGAUACCUCCAAUCCCAACCCAAAUGACACCGCCAUGGAUACGGUUGUCCCUAAAACUGAACCCGCUGUACUUGAGGGAUCGAUCAGUUCAGCGGUAUCAACCCCCGAGGCUGAAGGCGAGAUCUUAACGCAAGAUGUGGCCCAGACGCAGAAACGAAAGGGUGGAAGAAAACCUAUCUAUGCGACCUCUGAGGAACGGAAGCAACGUAACCGUCAGGCCCAGGCUGCCUUCCGGGAACGUCGCACCGAGUACAUCCGUCAGCUCGAGUCCACUAUCAAGCGCAAUGAAGAGUCCCUGCAGACCUUGCAGCAGAACCAUCGCACCGCCGCCGAUGAGUGUUUGAUGUUGCGAUAUAAGAACUCCCUGUUGGAACGUAUCUUACUUGAGAAAGGGAUCGAUGUUCAAGCAGAACUGCGCUUGAAGGCUGGCGCUCCGGGCCCGAAGCCCAACCCCAUGGCGGGGAAACCCCCAUCAACCUUGGAGCGCGCAGCCUUGAAUCGAAAUUCGGCCCAGAGGCAUCCUCCUGGGAUCGCACCCAAAGGAGAGCCGUUUGGAAUGCCACAGCCUCGUGACGGAGCGUAUGGUAUCCCCUCUCCUCAGUUUCAGGCUACGCCUCAGUCCCACGUCUCCUCGCCGUCUCAUGCCAAGUCGCCCGGGUUUGCUUUCCAAGGAGCCAUGUCCCCGGCUGGAGUCGACCCUCAGCAGGCUGCACAACACUCACGCCUGUCUCACUCCAGGAACCUCAGUCAAACAUCGCCUCCCAUGAGCGUUGCCCAGUCCGAUACCACUGACCCGAAGUCUGCUCUGUCGGGCGGUGCCGGCCCCAGAGGACCCCGUGUCGCUUCGGCAUAUUACCCAUCGCCAUUCCAAAAGCACUAUGAUCAGCUUGAACAAGAGUAUGACGCUCAGGCCGAUCUAAUCGAUGAGGAGCAUGAGUCGUCCGUGGGCGCCUCGCCGUACGUGUCUGGCUUUAACAAUGCCGCAUCGGUUCCUGGCUCUCACUCCAUGGGCCACCAUAGUCUUCCACAAUUCAAUCCACAUUCGGGGGAAGGAUCCAAUGGAGCAUAUAACAACACGAACCAGCUCUUGGGAAACUAUGAGCCCAUGCUCGAUGCAGAUCCCUUUGGCUUGAGUGCGAGCAUGCACUUCCAGACCCCCUUCAGCUACGAACAGAAUAAUACUCGUCACUAA